GCGGAGGAAGACGGAAGGAGCUGUUUCCUCAUGACUGACUGAUCAUCCAAACUCACACACAGGUUUCCCACGAGACCUGCCUCCUGGACCAGGUGUUGGAGCUGAUUAUGAAUGAGAAGCCGCCAAAUAGUGCCAGUCUUUUCCUGAACGAGGACGCAGACAAGCCCCCCCGGCCGGAGAAAGGAGACCUGAGGAGACGCCUACGCAGGGUCAUGGAGAGGAAAGCGAGCAGCAUGAAGGAGAGGAUGAGCUCCAUCAGCACCGACACCGUCAAAGGUUUCCUCAAAAGAAACCUCUUUGUGCUUUUCACUGUUGCUGCUGUGGCUCUGGGUGUAAUCCUGGGCUUUGCUCUACGCCCACACAACCUGUCUCUGAGGGAGAUCAAGUACUUUGCCUUUCCUGGGGAGCUGCUAAUGAGAAUGUUACAGAUGCUGGUGCUGCCACUCAUCAUCUCCAGUCUGGUCACAGGUAUUUCCUCCCUGGACAGCAAAGCCUCUGGUAAGAUGGGGGUCCGUGCGGUGGUCUACUACAUGGUGACCACCCUGAUAGCUGUGUUCAUUGGCAUUGUCAUCGUGAUGAUCAUCCGGCCAGGUAAAGGCAGCAGAGACAGUCCUGUGGCUAACAGUGGGAACAUCGAGCCAGUUCAGGCCGCUGAUGCUUUUCUAGAUCUCAUCAGGAACAUGUUUCCUCCCAACCUGGUAGAAGCUUGUUUUAAACAGUAUAAAACUGUGUACAAGAAGAUUGUACACACACGAAAUGUGACAGUGACACUGAACCUCACAGAGUCUGUGAACAUGACGGAUUCCAACCUGAACCUUAGCAGAGUCCUGCACACCAUCCAGGAGACAGUGGAGGAGACUGUUCCAAUGUCUGGCUCCUCCGGUGGAGUCAAUGCUCUGGGACUGGUGGUUUUCUCCAUGUGCUUUGGUCUGGUCAUUGGGAACAUGAAGCAGCAGGGUCAGGCUCUGAGAGACUUCUUUGACUGCCUGAAUGAAGCAAUCAUGAGGCUGGUGGCAAUCAUCAUCUGGUACGCUCCGGUGGGUAUCCUGUUCCUGAUUGCAGGGAAGAUUGUUGAAAUGAAGGAUCUGGCAGAGGUUGGCGGUCAGCUGGGGAUGUACACCAUGUCGGUUAUUGUUGGUCUUCUCAUCCAUGGUCUGUUUGUGCUGCCGCUGCUCUACUUCCUGGUUACCAGGAGGAAUCCCUAUAGCUUCAUUGGUGGUCUGCUCCAGGCGCUCAUCACCGCCUUGGGAACUUCCUCCAGUUCUGCAACUUUGCCCAUCACAUUCCGCUGUCUGGAAGAAAACAACAGGGUGGAUAAACGGGUGACACGUUUCGUCCUACCUGUGGGUGCCACUAUCAACAUGGAUGGUACCGCCCUCUACGAAGCUGUGGCAGCUAUUUUUAUCGCUCAAGUCAAUGACAUGGAUCUAAACUUUGGACAGAUACUCACUAUCAGUAUCACAGCAACUGCUGCCAGCAUCGGAGCAGCAGGCAUCCCUCAGGCUGGCCUGGUUACUAUGGUGAUUGUAUUGACAUCGGUGGGACUGCCCACAGAGGACAUAACACUGAUCAUCGCAGUAGAUUGGUUCUUGGACCGCUUGCGUACCACCACUAAUGUGCUUGGUGACUCCCUUGGAGCUGGUAUUGUGGAACACCUUUCCCGUGGAGAGUUGCAAAAUCAGGAUGCUGAGGUGCGCAACUCUGUAAUUGAGGAGAAUGAGAAGCCCUACCAGCUUAUCUGCCAGGAAAAUGACUCUAUGAACCACCACAACAGUGAGACAACAAUGUGA